CCUCCUCCUCGAUCCUCCAGCGGGCCUGCGCCCUGCUGGAGCACAGCGCCCGCGCGGACGCCGGCGGGGCCCUGUGAGGCCGACCCACGGAAGCAGCGGCAUUGGCGGCGGCAAGCCCGCAGAGACCGUGGCGCCCAGUGUGGCGUCAGGGCCGCGUAGCCAGCGGCGCCCAGAACGAGUCACCGGCCCGAUCCACCGAGGGCUCUCCUGGGCAGCACAUGUCGGCCCCCCCCACGAAAGCGCAGGGCAACUCGCGGCGGCAUGCGCUGGAAGGCGACGUGCUGCCAGAAACUGUGGUCACCUGCGGCGCGCCGCGGCAGUCGGCCGCGUCGCUUGCGCCAAAAUUACUACGGAGAGGAUGAUAAGUGAAAUGGAAGGAGGAGGAGAGGAGGAGGAGGAGGAGGAGGAGGAGGAGGAGGAGGAGGAGGAGUUUCCUCAGCGUUUCCUGACGCCCACAGUCGGGUGGAACGCUCAAGCUCGGCAGGGAAAAUGGCGGAGGGCCUCCUCACGCUUCCGCGGCCGCCGCCGAGACCCGUCGAUUGGGGUGCAAACCCCUCUGGAUCCGCGCAAGGUUCUCGCGGCCCUUCAGAGUCUCUCCCCCGCAAGCCCCUGAGAGGUUGCACGGGUUGAUGGUGGCGGUGCGCCCGCAUCGAGCACAAAAGAUCAAGCCAGGGCGGGGCCACAGCUGCAAAGAAUGGGACUCGUGCAGCCUCUUUCAUCUCUACCCAACUCUCCCCGCCCGCCCCACGAAUGAUGACAGCAGGGUGCCUGUCGGGACGCCCUGCCACCGCGUGGCAGGCGGUGGCGCGUUCGACCUCAAGCGUGCUGGCAGCCACGAGGAGAACGAGGAGGACGACAAGGAGAACGAGGACGACGACGACGACGACGAGGACGAGGAGGGAGAGGGCGGCCGGAGGCAGCUUCUGUGCCCCCCGGGGCCCCUCGGAGCCGCUGCGUGCAGCUCGGCCGACCGGCGCGGCGACGCCAUCAAACCGCCAGGCCGCUGGACUUCGUCGUCGUCGUCGAGUGAGACGAAGAGGAACGAGAGGAGAAAGAGGAAGAGCAGGACGUUAGGGCAUGUACCCAGACCGCUUUCGCCAGUGCGCAGCGUACAGCGAAGGGUUAGAAGCGAAACGAAUUCAACUGUUUAAAAUCUGCGUUUAAACAGUCGAUCCUCUCAGUGAGGCCGUCCUUUGCGGAUCCGACUGAAUAUACAGGUUAAAUUAGCCAUGCAAGCAACUGCUCAAUGUUUAUCCCAGCUGAUCCUCUCAGUGAGGCCGGACUUUGCGCCUCCAGCUGGUUUAAACACAAAAGUUGAACAGAUGUUUAGCUGCACGCUGCCAAGCUGCUGGGAGGAUGUGGAAAGGAGAGAAAACAGGUUACCUCGCAUGCGACAUCACCUACCGUUUAGCGCCUGGCCCGCGAGCGCGAACAUCUUGUCUACCUGUUUAGCGGCGGUCGCGGGCGCGUGAGCGCACUUCCAAGGCUUUCGCAAAUCAUAACUGUCACUGUAACGGCGCGGGCUGGAAAGCUGCAGUCCUACAAAAAAACACUCGUACAGAGGAGACACAAUGGCCAACCCAGAGGCAAAACGCGCAUAUAAUAUGUGAGCCACUGGCAGAGUAGCAGCUCAUGGCAGCAGCCUCGCAGUGCACCGUGCACCGCUAAGGUUGCACUUAGAAGAAAGGACGGGGCUGAGAGAAGACAUGGAACAGGAGGAACCCAGAAGCCUCCAUGUAGGCUCGACUGCCCGAGGCGCGAGCCUGGCACUGCAGUCGCUCCCGAUGGAGCACAGGCCCAAGAAGACACGAACGCAAAGCUAGGUAACUAUGGCUGCGGUGGCAGCCUGGUGCUCGAUAGAGCAGCAGCUUAAUUCAUAGUGCUCCGGAAGCCUCGGAAAAAUGGGACGCUGCACAAAGCGAAAUCACUUGUCACUGCAGGCGCAACAAGGAUCCGAGCACAGAGCAAGCUUCUCAAACGCAGAGGCGAAAACUUAAUGACCAUGCUGCGAAGGAGUGGUGCUGCAGCAUUUGCAGCCACCGUGCGGAGUAGG